UACAUCAAAGUAGUUUCACACCUGUGUGGCGAAAAUACACUCAGAAUGAACAAGGGUUGCAUGCACGUAUGGCUGAAAAUACUUAGAUCAGGUUGGACAGGAUUUUUUUGAUGGUUUUUUCAUUUUCUUUCCAGUUUUCUGUGCUUCCUGUUUUUCUCAUGGUUCCGGCAUUGUACGGACAUCGGUGGUGAACAGAGAUGAAUUGGUCGGGACUAGAGGCCCUGCUGAGCGGGGUCAACAAAUACUCCACGGUGUUUGGCCGCGUGUGGCUGUCUAUAGUGUUCGUCUUCCGCGUUCUGGUGUUUGUCGUGGCAGCCCAGCGGGUUUGGGGAGACGAAAGUUCAGGCUUUGUGUGCAACACCAGACAGCCAGGCUGCAGCAAUGUCUGCUACGAUGCUACCUUUCCCGUAUCCCACAUCCGUCUAUGGGCAUUGCAGCUCAUCUUCGUCACGUGCCCAUCACUCCUGGUCGUGGCCCAUGUCAAAUACAGAGAGGAAAGAGACAAAAAGUAUGUGGCCGUACAUGAGGGUUCCCACUUAUAUGCCAAUCCUGGUAAGAAACGAGGGGGCCUUUGGUGGACCUACCUGCUGAGUUUGAUUGUCAAAAUAACAGUAGAUGCCGCCUUCCUCUAUAUUCUUCAUCACAUGUAUAACGGCUUCGACCUACCUCGUAUGGUUAAGUGCUCGUUGGACCCGUGUCCCAACACGGUGGAUUGCUUCAUUUCUCGUCCUACAGAGAAGAAAAUCUUUACUUUGUUUAUGGUGGUUUCCUCAGUGCUUUGCAUUUUCAUGUGCAUCUGUGAAAUGGUUUAUCUCAUCGGAAAGCGUAUAGUAAAAUGGUGUACAAUGGCUCAAAAGCAACAAAAGAAAGCUGAAAGAAUUGAUCCCACGCGCAUGAGCAACGCAAGUCUGAGUUCUCGAAAAUCGAAAGACACAAAAUUAGAUAAAACUGCCAUUUAAUGACAACUCGUACAACCUUUGGGAUUCAAGGAGUUAGUUAACUUUUUUUGCGCAUACUUCACAAUCUUUGAACAUUUUGAGUUGUGAAAUCUAUUCAUAAGGUUUUUGAGACAUAAUUUUACAGUAUAUUAUUUGUAUAAUUAAGCUGUCACUGGGGCAGUACCUUUUCUAAAGGUCCUAAUAUGUAUGAUUUAGAUACACUAAACAUUUGGACCAAUAUUGAGGUACUAGUAUGCAGUCUUUGGCAUCAAUAUGUACCUCUGAUGUACUAUUAUGAACUCUUUAAGUACAUGGUGUACUUUAUAAAAAGGUCCAGACACAGUGACAGCUAGGGACCAUUUUUUAGAACAGUGUAUUACUUAAUAAUGUUUUUGUCCUGCUUUUGGAAUUUAAUACAACACUGAUUGUGCAUUUUAUAAUAAUAAUUGUAAACUUCAAGGGACACUUCACUUUUUUUGAAAAUAUGCUCAUUUUCCAGCUCCCUUAGAGUUAAAAAUUAGAUUUUUACCAUUUUAGAAUCCAUUCAACCAAUAUCCGGAUAUGGCAGUACCACUUUUAGCAUAGCUUAGCACAAUUCAUUAAAUCUGAUUAGACCAUUAGCAUCACACUCAAAAUUAACCAGAGUUUCAAUAUUUUUCCUAUUUAAAGCAACACUAUGUAGUUUUUUUAUUUUUAAAUAAUGUCUCUAAAAUUAUUUCAGUGAUAGAACAACUUUUAACUGGACAAAUUGUACUGUUGCUGCAACCUGAGCAGCCUCCUAGCAGCUACAAGCACACUCUGAAAGUUCUGCAGAAGACUGUCUGAUACCAGGCACUGUUGCGCUUUUCAACCACAUGGGGGAGCUGUAAGUCAUUUUUACAUGGAAACUACAUAGUGUUGCUUUAAAACUUGACUCUUCCGUAGUUACAUCAUGUACUAAGACCUCACUACUAUACUCUCAUUCUGGCAUAAUAAUCAAGGACUUCCCUGCAGGAGGCGCAAUGAUAUUAUGCAGUGCCCGAAAAUACUCAUCAGCUAUUGAAAGUUUCCAAGGGGACUAUUUUCAGGCGUCCUUGAUUAUUAUGCCAGAAUGAGAGUAUAGUUCAUAGCCAUAUUGGUCUAGAAAAUCGCAACUUUUAAUUUUCUGUCGGUCUUAGGACACGAUGUAAUACAGAAGAGUCACGUUUUAAAUAGGAAAAAUAUUGAAACUCUUUGGUUAUUUUUGAGCGUGAUGCUAAUGGUCUAAUCAGAUUCAAUGGAUUAUGCUAAGCUAUGCUAAAAGUGGUACUGCCAUACCCGGGGAAUCGGCUAAAUGGAUUCCAAAAUGGUAAAAAUCAAAUGGGGAGCUGGAAAAUGAGCAUAUUUUCAAAAAAAAAUUGAGUGUCCUUAUAACAUUGCGAGUGAAAGUACUUAUUUAUAAAAUUACAUACAUUUUAUCACUUCUUUUAUUUGGUUUGUCCCCCUUUGCCUUAAAGGUUACAUUUUACAAGACCUUUUUAAGACAUCUUCUGACAUCACAAGGGGAAACAAAUUUCAUGACCUAUUUUUUCCUUGCUUGCAACCUAGUGACUUAGUUUUUACCAAAACUAAGUUAUUGAGUUGUUAAUUUUCAUAUUUUCUAGGUUGAUAGAAGCACUGGGGACCCAAUUAUAGCACUUAAACAUGGAUAUGUCCUGAUAUGUCCUCUUUAACUCUUUCCUCGACAUUGACGAGUUAUGUCGUCAAUUAAGAGAAAACAUAUGCAUUAAAAAAAAACGUGUUUCUGAAUAAUUUUAUGUUGGCCUGUAUUACCCAAUUUAUGGAAAAAACUGAAGACAAAACGUUAUUUACUAAUUCUAAACUCUCUGUAUGUUUUGAUAAUCGUUCUGGAUCUGAUCUCUAACAAAAUUCCUUCACAAAAAUGCACUUAUUUCAGCUUUUUGCUAAAAAAAAUAUUUUUAAAGAAAAAUACCCAUAUUUAAAAGUUUAUAAGCAGAGAAAAAAAAUAUAGAUAGGAUGAAACGGGUUUUCUCUGUUUUGUUUGUUUGUUUAUUGUUUGUUUGAAAGCAGAGGGUCUGUUAUUUCAUUUGAUAUAUUUGUAUGUUUAUAUACUUUUAGAAGAAAAUUUUCCUGGAAGGUAUUUUGUGAAACUUUUGUAAAAAUCACAAAAAAUGCUGGCGGGCAACUUUAAAAAAAAUGGCUGGUGGGGAAUGAGUUAAUAACCAGUGUACAAAGCUGGCGUGGACUUCACAAAUGUGCAAUAUUUUAUUUUCUUGUAUUUAUUUAUUUUGUAACAAUCUCAAGGCACUUCUUGUGAACCAAACCCAUGAUGCAUUUAUGCGGUAAAAUCCCAUAAUAGUUUGUCUCCAAAUACUUAAUAGUCACUGUCAAUGUUGUUUUUCUUGUAAACUUUGUGGUUGAUCUGAUAUUUGCACAUCUACAGUAAUAUGAGACAAUUUUGCUAUGUUUUUGUUUACCUUUGUCUAUUUAGUGUACAGAGCAAAUGAAUGUUCAUUUACAUAAAGGUGUUCUCUGUGGAGUCAGUGUAUGAUGUAAAAUGUGUAACGCACAUUAGCAAUACAUUCUUAAGCGACCGAAAAUGCCACAUUAAAACACCUGUAUGGCUUUUCAAACUCUAAGUAUGCUAUCCAUCAUUGUUACAUUGUUGGUUUGUCUUUUCAGUCCAUAUUGCUGUCAGCCUGCACUACUUUUGUACCCAGAAUGCAUUUAAAAAUAAAAUGCUUUAG